AUCACACUCCAUAUUCACAACUAGAAGCAAGACUCUCCUGACUCUCUGGACUUCAAGGAUAUCAUUAUGUUGUAUUGGAGGAGUUUAAACUAGACAAGACUUCUUUCUUAAACACUUCGAGAAAGUGAGCGUGCCUGAGGGGAGAGGAACACAAGAGAGGAGAGACAAUUGAACGUCACCAUUGGCCGAGACCUGGAAAAAUGGUGCUGGAUGAACACAGGAUUAGAACUUAAUUGUAAAAGGGAAGGGAAGUCUUGACAGGAGAUUUGCUUCAUUUUCACAUUCAUCAUGGCACAAAUCCUCUGGCUGGCUGGUUGAUGGGACUGUCCAACACUCCUCCUUAGUUUCAGUGCAGAUCCCUUCUGCUUACACAUCAAAAGACCUGGGAACAGGUGGGAACUGGAUGGUGCCAGAUACAGGAAUGGAAAGAGAAAUGGACUCUGACGAGCUAAGAUGGAAGUGACUUGACAGCAACAAGCUCAGCAGUUGUCUCCAGUAAGGACAGGUUGAGACGGGAAUCUCAAGCUUCUCUGGAAGAGCAGUAUGCAGGAAGCUGGUUUUCAGGCCACAAAUGCUUUCACAGAGUGCAAAUUCACCUGCGCCAGUGGUAAAUGCUUGUAUCUUGGUUCACUGAUUUGUAACCAACAGAAUGACUGUGGGGAUAACAGUGAUGAAGAGAACUGCCUGCUUGUAACAGAGCAUCCACCUCCAGGCAUCUUCAGCUCUGAACUGGAGUUUGUUCAAAUCAUCAUUAUAAUCGUGGUUAUAACUGUUAUGGUGGUAGUGAUCAUCUGCUUGUUGAACCAUUACAAACUCUCGACUCGCUCCUUUAUCAACCGGCAGAGCCAAAGCAGGAGGCAGGAGGAAACUCUGCAGACGGAGGGGUGCUUGUGGCCUUCAGAAAGCUCGGUUUCACGCCAGGGUGCUUCAGAGAUCAUGUACGCCCCGAGGUCCAGGGACAGGUUCACCACCCCAUCCUUUAUGCAGCGGGACCGUUUCAGUCGCUUCCAGCCCACCUACCCUUACAUGCAGCAUGAGAUUGACCUUCCUCCCACCAUCUCCCUCUCGGACGGCGAAGAGCCGCCGCCGUACCAGGGCCCGUGCACGCUGCAGCUCCGGGACCCCGAGCAGCAGAUGGAGCUCAACCGGGAAUCCGUCAGGGCGCCGCCCAACCGAACCAUUUUUGAUAGCGACUUGAUAGACAUCUCCAUGUACAAUGGGGGUCCCUGCCCACCCAGCAGCAACUCGGGCAUAAGUGCAACCAACUAUAGCAGUAAUGGAAGGAUGGAAGGACCGCCCCCGACGUACAGCGAGGUCAUGGGCCAUUACCCCGGCUCCUCUUUUUUCCAUCACCAGCACAGCAACAUGCCUCCUUCCUCGCAGAGGGGGAGCAGACUUCAGUUUCAGCAAAACAAUUCAGAGAGCACAAUAGUCCCCAGUAAAGGCCAGGAGCGGAAGCCAGGGAACCUGGUCUAGGUCACCUGCCCAGGUGCGUUUGGACUGAAGACGGGAGAGCCCAGCGGGGCGGCGGAGGAAGAGCCCCGUGCUCCGGUGCACGGUGUUGUUACGUGGUACAACUGAGUAAAACCAAACGUGCAAACCAGUUCUCUGUUUCUGAUUCCUUUCAGGGGAAUUGCAUGCAAAGCAGAUUGAAAGAAAUACAAACUUCCAUUCGGUUUGUCUACGAGCAGUGUUUCAGGGGAAAGGGGGGGGGAUAUAUUAUUUUUUUUUAAUAAACUAUUUCAAGUAUUUAAUUCUAAAAGUUAACUUAGCACAGAAAUGAGGCUUGUACAGCCUGUUUUAUACUCACUGAAUGGCAGAAGGAAAAUGGUGGUUUUGCUAGAUAAAUGGGGGAAGAAUUGGCCAGUUUGCUUUUUUUUUUCUCCCAGGAUGUGAAUUUUUUUUUAAUAUGAAACAAAAUUCCUGUUCUGUGUGCCAAGGUAUAAAGUUGAGAACUUAGAUGAAUGCGAGGAAUUAAUUUGUGUUGUGAUAAAUGUGUUUUAAAAAGUUGCACUAUCUUACUGUUUUAAAAAAAAGUAUAUAUGAGGGAACUGUUUUAUGUGAAGUUCUUCUAUAUGUUGUUGUUUCACCUGUGGAAUAAUGAUAGAGCCCUAGAAGUAAUCUGGAGGAGUUUGCCCCCUCCCCCUGGGUUUGCUAAAAGAUGGGGACAGGACUUAGGCUAACAUCUCUUGACUUUUACAAUUCAAAAAAUACAGGGACACUUGUCUUUGCAAUAAUUUGCAUUCAAAUAACAAUGUAUCGGUGAAGUGUCUUGGAGACUUUUGGAUGGAAGAAGGCAAAUAUGAAAUCCCAGCAUUUUCCAUCACUUAAGGUUUAUCUAUUUUGCAGUGUAGACUAUUUCUUUCAUAAAUGGCAAAACUACAAUUUCCAGAUGCAUCGAUUUGUAUUGAUUCUAAGUGCUGCCAUUCUUUUCCUUGUCAUAAUGCAGUAUCACCAGUACUUACCGUGCUAGAGAUUUCUGUCCUCACUGUAGCCUGAAAUGUAUUUAGUCGCAUAUCAUGACAUUAUGCAAUAAAUGGUUUGAAAAUGCAGGGUGGGAUUAUUUUCCCCUGCUCUGCUGUUCAAGUACGUGAGGCUGUCGUGGUUUUCACUCUCCAUUUCAUCCUUUCAGAUGCUGAAGUUCAGUCCUGGAGGUCCAUCCUGUUGAAGUGAAGGGAGCCCUUGUGGCUAACCCGCCCUGUGGUGUUUUUGCAGCAGUACCAAGGGCACUCGUGGCAGUGGUGCUGGCUCCUGGCAGGGUUGUUGGUGCACCAGGGAUUCUCCCCGCAAACCAUUUUGCUCUGGGCCCUGCUGCAGAAACCCUUCUGGGUGCACGAUGUCUGCGUGACAACAGCAGGACUAUGCUCAUGGCUAAAGGUGAUUCGUGUGUUCACCAAGUGUCUGUAAGCCCUGAGUUUUGCUAACCUGGCCUGGAGAGUAGUUGGGAAGUGUUCCCUGCCUGUGUCGUGGCGUCUGGGGUGUUUCUCCACUGGCUGUUCCCAUGUGGAAGCACGCGCGGUGCCGGAACACAGUUGACAGAAGGUGAUAGUGGCAUCACAAGCACAUGAAAAGCACAAAUUGCACUUAAAAUGCAUUUUGGAAAUGGACUUAAAAGUAAGAAUCUUUAGAAUCUUAGCUUGAAUAGUUUCUAAUAUAUAGGUAUAUGAGUGUGUCAUAGACCUCUUCACGUUAAGGUCUUUCACUUUUUCCUGUUUUCCUGAGCCUUGUGCUUGGUUGUGGGCAGCAGCUGCUGAGUACCCCAAGGGCACCAAUGCCCUGGUCCCAUGGCUGGAAGCUGGAUUUCUGCAGGACUUCUGUACAUGGACUCUGAUAACUGAAGUGCAUCUUUGAUCUAUGCAGAGUUUUAAUGCCAAAACUGUGUGUGUGUGUGUGUGUCUGCGUGCGUGUUGUCUUUUGGGCCUCAGUGUAGAUUUGUUUUCUUCAUAAGUUAAUUUGAUUUUAUUCUAGUUUAGAAAACAUUUGUAUAACUGUUAGUCUGAAUGCACAGCCCCAUUUGUCUCUAAUUGUUAUUUUGGUCUGAGUCAUGCUGGUAAUGCAGAGUAAGGCUGCCUUUUAUCGUAUGUAUUAAUUGAAGGGAGAGAUAGAGAUUGCAUGGUGGGGUUCACUUAUUUUUUUUCCUCUCAGACCCGCAGGACAGGUGUUAAGAAGAUGACUAGGUGGCUUUCAGUCAGCUGGGGCUCUCAUCACUGUCUGGUUCCUGGGAAUAAAAGCUGUGAAAUUAGAUUUUUGCAAAGAAUCUACAAACAUAAUUCUUAGUUAAAAACGACAAACAGACAAAACCCAGCCAGAGGACAAAGCCAGCAAAUGUUGGUUUUGGUCUUCAGUGACUUUUGUCGCUUGAGAAGGAAGCCUUUAAGCCAGAGAAUAUGUGUGCCUACACAGGUACUGUGCUGUUGCCUAAGUGAGGAUUGUUUAGAGAAGCUUUGAGGUGAGAACAGCUGGAACUCAGUUGUCAGGGCAGAGCACACCUGGACUGGCCCUGGGCUUGGGCUGGUUGGAGACCAACUUUCCCCAUGUGUGAUCUCAGCAAAGUGAGCCUUGAAGUUGCCUUCAAAGUUGCCUCUUGGGAAUGUUCUUUCUUUAAAAACAGCCCUUUGCCAUCUUUUACCCUCUCUGCAUGCCAGUGGAUUUAUGCACUUCCCAUUAACAUUGUCCACUAUGCUGUCUCUUAAGUUUUCUUGAAUGAAAAAUUUUUCUUCCUGGAAAAUGCAGCCUUUUCCAGUUCUUUAGAAAAUAUUUGUUUAAAAAUAACUUGGUAAUUGCUCACCUAAUAGUUGCAUCUCCUCUUGCAUCUUUGUCUUCUCAUCCCAGAAUCCUCGAAUCAUCCUAGAAUCAUAGAACAAGCUGAGCUGGAAGAGACCCAUCGGGAUCAUUGAAUCUGGCUCCUGGCCCUGCACAGCCCCAUCCCCAGGAGUCACACCAUGUGCCUGAGAGCACUGUCCAAAUUGAACUCUGUCAGGCUGGUGCUGUGGGGGAGCCUGUUCCAGUGCCCAGCCACCCUCUGGGGGAAGAAUCUUUUCCUAAUACCCAGCCUAAACUGCCCCUGGCACAGCUUCCUGCCAUUUCCUUGGAUGCUGUCACCGGUCAACAGGGUGAAGAGAUCAGUGCCUGCUCCUCUUUUCCCCAUGAGGAAGUUGUAACUGCACUGAGGUCUCCCCUCAGACUCCUCUGGGCUGGACAAAGAAAGUAACCUCAGCCACUCCUCAUGGCUUCCCCUUGGGACCCUUCAUCAUCCUCAUGGCCCUCCUUUGGACACUCUAAUGGCUUAAUGUCUGCUCUGCUUUCCCUCAUGUGAUGUGCUGACUCAGCUCUGGGAGUGUGGUGAUUAGUUCACUUGCUAUAGGUGAGCUUGUAAUCUUCUGUUUUGGGGCCUCUCUUAACAGUAAAUAGGCUGUUUUCUGGUGGAUAUUAGUGCUCUCCAAUGGAAAGGCAGUCAACAGUGUAACAUUGAAACACUUUCUUUUUCUAUUUUUUCUUCCAUUGACUUGGUAGAAAAUCUGCUCUUGAUAACAGAACAGAUUGGUGAGCUCUGAAAAUAAAGCAUGAAGCAUUUAUGAAAGACCAGCUUUGAAAAUAUCCAGAUUUGAUAGACUGCAUCCCAGGGCCACUCAAUGAAACUGUCCUGCAAACACUGUAGCAUUAAUUGUGUAGAUUUUAUAUGUCUCAUACCACAAAACCUACAUAAUAUGUAUGUGGUGUUCUCUAUGUGAUAGAUCAUAUUUGCCUGAAUUCUGGUUGCAUCUUCUGACUUUGCCCAGUAACUCGUUUUCCCAAAAUUCAGAAUAGCGAUGUUCCUACUUUAGAAAUUUUCAGGUUAAAAGAUUUUUUCUUUUAAAUGCACCUUUAUGAAAUAAAGUUUUGUGACCUCUGUCCUACUGCAAAGACUAAUUUUUCCCUUACAUGUCUUGGCAUGGCUCUCUUCUUGGUGCUGAAUAUGCCCCAUCUUUGGUGUUUUUGUAUGAUCUUUCAGGGCUAGAAAAGGCAGGGGAUUUAGAAAGGAAAAAACCUGUUUCUGUCCCAGUUUACCAAUGCAGCACUUGGCACUUAGCUCUAAUUCUGUACCUAUGUUUAGAACAAUUGCGUUUGGGCUUGCCUCAGUGCUGGACAAGCAGACUGAGUGGGAUGCUGCUUCAAAGGUGUGAGUGAGGGACAGGAAGAGGGGUACCUAGCCAACAGUGCAGUGUUCAGAUCCCUUUCCUGGCAUGUGGGGCACAUCCAGAAUUCACAGGAAUUUGUAUAAUAGGAUUUUUUCAUCAGGGAGGAUCUAAUUAUGCUACUCCUGGUCUUGUCACUGAUGGACUCUGCAUGUAGGCCAGUCUUGGGCUGAUGGGACUUUAUUACAGCAUGAAUUUCCCUUGGGAGUAUGAUAACUCCAGCAUAUGCCCCAUGUACAAGUUCCUGAUGGUCAGUGAGGAAGAUGAUUGUGUUCCUGCACUCAUGGAAUCUGCUGUGCUUCAUUUGGCCUUUUAUUACUGCUUGCCCACUGCUUAUACCAGUUUGUCCCAGCUGGAAGGUGCUUGUUAUGCCAAAUCCCAGAAUGUUCUUGGUGCAGAUAUAUUUUUUUUAAAAAGUGUCAUUGAGAGUUCUUGGUUUUUUUCUGUGAAUGAGGUGCAGGGAAGGGUAAGGAGCAGAAUUGCAUUUUUUAUUAAGGAGUGCACUUCUUUGCAAUAGAGAAGAAAUCCUUGUCCUGCUGAAGAGCCCUGAGUGGAGGCUGUCUGGAACAGUGCUGUCUGAGGUGGUCAUGUCUAACCCUGCCAGGUGGUGAGAUGCUGGGCCUUACAACUGACCCUCUAAUCUGUAAGGAAUGUUUGAAUGCUGUGGAGAGGAUUGAUUGCUGACCUUUCUCUGACUCUAUCCCUGAGUGCUCAUGGUAGCUAAGGUAACCUGAUUUUGUAGGCGAAGAAAAACAAAAUAGCAAGUUGGUAAAAAAUAGAUAUACAUCGAUGUUUUAUUGUGCCCCCCCCAAGGAUAAACAAUAGGCUUGCUGGCACAUUUGAAAGUAUUCAGGGUUAUUCACAGGUUCUCUCUGGUCAUUACAGUUAAGUCAUGUCCAUGCACAUACAGACCUGCUUGCAGACUUGUCCCCUUGAUUCUGUCUGUGCUAGUUUCUAUUCCAUGAUCACCUUCCAGAAGUGCUGCAUGGCUCGGUGUUGAGCUCUCAGUGACAAUGGCAGGUCAUUUGUCAAACAGCAGCAAGCCUGAGGAGUAUUUGCUUUUCAGUCCUGUAAAUGUCAUGACCUAUGUUUUUAUCAGUAGGGGGCUUUCUUGCUGCACCACUUCUUGCCUGUCACCUGGUGUGCUUGUGCAUCUUCCAUCCAACAGCUCUCUCUCCUUUUGGGUGAGCUUUGAAAAAUCCUUGUGCUUUGGGAUAACCCCGAUGCAGAUCUCGUGUAUUGAUGUACAGGAAGAAAGUAACACUUCCUGUAGCCUAAAUCUCAUAAGCAUGUUUUUCAGACCUAGCUGAUGGUGAGAACCAAGUGAUCCUUCUGUGCAGUGGGUUCAGAUGAAGUCUGGCUUUUGAUUGCAUCCUUGCUUUUUAGAUAAAGGCUGUUGCACAUGAUUUAAUUACACAUAUCUGGUCUUUCUCUGCACUGUGUUGCCUGCUUGCCCACCAGUACAAUUACAGCUUUUCUCCUACACUAGCCCCAAAUGUGUCAAUCAUUUCAGUCCCUGGAAAGAGGCAGCUUUAUUGAGUUGUCUGAGGCCUUUUAAAACAUGGAAUAGUCUCUUGUGAGGAUGUGUUGAACUAAAGAGAGGUUUCCCAUCCAAAAACUGGUCUGUAUGUUUCGUUAGGAAAUUCAGCUUUAGGUUUUGAGAGUAUGCUGACUGAAAAUGUUGGCAGGAUUUUUUUUUUAGUUAAUAUAUUGUUUGCCAGCCUAUCCAGAGAUGUAAAUUACCUUUUGAGCCACCUCUGAUUGCAUUUUUGGGCUGGCAAAAGCCCCGUUGGGCACACUUGCACCAGCAAAAAAAAAAAAAGAGUAGUUUUCUUGGUACAGCUCUGAGGAAUAAACAGAAGCUGUGCCACUAAGUCCAUCCUCCAAAACCAGCCUGAGACCUGCAUUGCCUCUUCCCAGCAAACUGAAGUGUAGGUGUUUGGAUGAAGUGCUUUGCUGCACUCUCUAGUACCACAGACACGAGUGGAGGGGCCUACUGAUGUUUUCUUGAAAUUGUCAUUGGCAUUAAAUGUAUUUCAGGGAUGCUAAUGCUGUUUUGGUAACCACCCAGUACAAUUCUCCUGCUUUUGAAAGGGAAGAUCAAGGACCAUUUUGUGUCACAAACUCUCCUGGCUACUUCUGCCUUGCUGGUGUCUCUUCUGGCUGAACACAAGCAACUUGGGUAUUGCUAGUGUUGCUUUCUUGCUAUAAAGGAGCUUACCUUUUUAUGUUGAUUAAUGAUAUAAAAACAAAACUGUAACGUAGAUAUACUUCCCCUUCCCUCUGACAGAAGUGUGAUUUACUGCCAGAGAUGAUGCUUUUUCUUUGCUAUAUUGCUGCUGCUGUUUUAAGUGGUUUGGUGUGUGAGCUUCCUGGAACAACACGGUGUGUGUAGGAUCUUGUGGGUGACAAAGCUGUCUCUUUUCUUCUUCCUUUCUCUCCUUGGUUCGUGCUUGUCUGUCUGCUGUGGUAGGUUUACUAAUGAAUUAAAGACAUCCUUAUUAGGUAUAAUUUUGAGGAGGUUUGCAUGUCAGUAGUUUGUAAGCAACUAAGGUGCCUCAUGUUCAGGUCUGAGCAGAUAGGAAUCCCCUUGCACUCAAGAGGGCCUGAUCCAAAGCCUGCUGAAGUUGGUAGGAAGACUCUUGCCAACUUCAGGGGGCUUUGCAUCUGGCCUUACACUCCCACCUUUGUUGUGCCUCACUUAAAAUGGUGCUUUUUCAGUUGUCUGUCUUUUUUUCUAGUUUGUUUGUUUUUUUUUUCUUUGUAUGGUGCUGUGUAUAACUUGAAUAUAUUAUGCACAUAUCCUACCCAAUGGGUAGAACAAGCAAACAAACAUAUGAAAACAAAUAGAUGUUGUUAAUACUGUAAGAUAGUGUACAGAUGAUACCAAUUUUAACACAAAAAAAAUGGCAUAGACUUUGUGAAUGCCAAUCUGUGCUUGGUCCUUUUUUUGUAAGAAAGUUUGCAAAUGAAUGCAUACAAAUGACAAAAAGUCUAUGUAUUUUAUUUUCCUAUUAAAUAUCAAUAUAAUAUCAUAAGGGAAAAAGGUUAAACAAAUCCUUUUUGACAAGCCUGUGUAUAGCAAUUAGUCAUUUGAUGCAUCUUUGCUGUGAAGAUUUCUUCUUUUUUCUUAAUGUGUCACUUUAAAAAAAAAGGAAAAAACCACAAAACAAACAGAACCUCCACAGCUUUAACCUUGCAAAUAAAUGCUUCUCGUAUUGGUUGUUGCCUUGCUAUUGCUGAGUUGGACCAGUAUUAGUUACUACUUCUCCAGCAGAUACAUUAUUUAUUACUAUCCUUGAUUACCUUUUUUUUUUAACUUAGAAAUGGGCUAAAACUUUUCAAACCUUUUUAAUCACAUCCUAGAUUUGAAAUGAAGCUCAGACGAGUGGGAACUGACCCAAAGCAUCCCUGCAAAAUCAAAACCAGGCCAAUGAGAGUUCUGUGACAGCAGCCAGCUCUCUGUGCCCACUGCUGGUGCACCAUGCUGCCACUACAGACUGUCCUUGGGCUUGGGGUGUGGAGGGACUCCCUGGUGACCUGUGCUCUUGCAAGGUGGACAGGAGUGGCCCCAGCAGGUAGUGAAUGCAGGGUUUGAGUGGGAGCUUUGAGUUGGCAGCUCUGCUGCUGUGUUGGCUUCUGACAGCAAUGGCUCACCCAGGUUCAUAGUUAAGGUGACAGAGAAAUGCUUAGACCUGUUCAAACCCAAUGGGGGAAGGGGUGUGGGCAGUAAUGUUACACUUCAGCUUCCUGCCGGGCUCCCUUGGUAGUUGGUUCUCCCGUGGCGUCUCCCUGUGUUUGGCGUUCCAUUCCUGUGCCCCGCAUGCUCUCCGGUAAAGCAAAUACCUCAGGAAAACUCACCAUGAAGUUCUAGUGUAGGGACUUGCAGAUGCUGUACUUACUUUUCUAACCUGUUAGUUCUGACUAUCCCAGGACAGUAGGUGAUAUAAAAGUUUAUUGGUCCGAGACAGACUUGUCCUCUCACAGAUGGAUGCCAACUACUCUUUCAUAGACACUCCUGUCUGUAUGUAGCUUUUUUAUACUUGCCAGGCUUUAACCACAGAUGUAAGGUAGCAAGGUGUUGGGUGAUGUGUGAGAUGGCCUUUUGGUUUGGUUUUUCAGACGAUUAGCAGAGUGCUGUGCUGAAACUCAGGGGGCCUUACCCGGGGCCAGUGAAGUCAGUGGUGGGGCUUCCUCUGGUUUGAGUGGGCUUUCAACCCGUCCGUCGUGCUGGAGGAUGGUGCCUUGGGCACACUCCUUCACUGCUUCUCUGUCCACCUGAAGCAUCUACACCUUUGUCUGUAAAUAUCCCUUGAAAACCCCUCACAGGAGUCCUGUACCUGAAUGUUGACCAUGGUUGUUCUGGCUUUUUUUUUGGUUUUAAAGAAGUGUGUUAAGUUUCUUAUGGCCAGUUCUGCAUCAUCAUGCCCUCAUAGGUAGCUUGUAUCGUCACAUCCUUCUCUUUGUUGAGCUGUUCUGUCAGUGGGCAUGUACCAUAGGUAAAUACACAUAUUUCCUGAUUGUCACUUGUUAAUUCAUUUGUUGUUUGUCAGGGCGUGGAGUAAUUGUUUUGGAAGUGUGCCUUGCCUGGCCAUCCUCACGUUUCUGUUUGCACUGCAGAACCACUUCUGUGCAUGAAGGAAGAGAAGCAAACAAAAAACCCCGGGCCUUCACUAGGAAGACUGUACAGAGUAAACCUCCUGCUGGAGGAGUCUAGAGUAGGAUUUAUCAUAACAAAACAUGCAUAUUGAGUGGACCAAACACGAGCAUGUCUUCUUUUAGAGGCACUAAUUUGCUUUGAAGCUGCAGUGGAAAGAGCAGACUGUCUGUCUAUUAAGUGUAUUCACAGCUGUGUUCACGCUUUUCCAUUUACCACAAAGCACAGCAGGCAGCCAAGAUUUCAAAAGGACUGUGAGCAGAAGUUACGAGAGCCUCAGGCAUCAUAGACCUGGACAACAAAAACAAUAAUAAUAAUAAUUUUUUAAAAAUCACUUUAGUAUUCCUUAACAAAGCUUUUCUACUCAUAAUGUAAAGACUACACAAGCGUUGAUAGGGGUUUUAUCUUUGUAUAACUCUCAACUGCCCAAUGCUGCUGUGCUCAGAGCAUUUCAUGAUGGUAUGUACAUCAGUCAGGCUGUUACACUCAAAAUUAACCAUCAAAUGCCUGUUUUUAGAGUGUUACCCUUUAUUUGUUGUUUCUUGCUAGUUAAUUUACCGAGUAAAAUGCUUUAUUGCUGUAUGGAUUUUAAUUUUUUUUUUUGUAUCUCCAACAUUGUGGCUUUCAAGAUCACAUUUUCAACACAUCUAUUAUUUUUGUCCAUUUUCUUUCAGGCUAUUCUGAAAUAUGUACAGCACUAUCAACAAUAUUUAAUCUUUCUUUUAAAAUUUAUUGUUGUAAAAAAAAGCUAUUAAGAACAGUAAGUCUUUUUACAACUGUAUUGGAAUUUCUCAAUAGCUGUUCAUGUGAUGCUAUGACAAACCUGGCUUGCUUUACUUUUUAUUUUUUUUUAAUUUUAUUUUGUGUUUAACACAAUUAAUUUGUUGCUUAUUUUCCACUGUAACUCCCAGUUAUAUACAGAAAAAAGAUUUCAACUGUUGUGUAUCUGACUCUUUUAAUUGAGCAAAUGGUGAUGUCCUAGUUUUUAGACCUAAGGUCUGUUUAUUGCAAUACUUUUAAAGGAAGAUGUUGCUCUAAGUGCUGUUGUUAGUUUUAAAUACAGAUUUUAUGCUUGUUCUUAAUAUGCUGUGGUUAAACCAUGGCACAAAAUUAUUAAAAAUUAUUAAAUCCA